AAGGGAGGAUCCCCAAAGCCAGAGGCUGGCUCCAGGCGGGAAGCGUGGCCCUGAGCCCCAGCAAGUGCCGGGAGCGUGCUAAGAGCUCUUGGCCGCUUGCCAUCCAGCGCGUGAGGUGCUGCCCUGGGUUAGUGAGAGGAGCGGGCACAGAGGGCCUGGCUGCUGGGCGCUGGGGGAGCUGGGGCUGGAGCCAGGUCGGCCUACGUCCUGCCCACCACACAGGCUACAGCCAGUGAGUGGGGUGCUGGUGAGGACCCAGGGGCAGGAGCAUUUGAGGGCCAGCUGCCUGGCUGUGGAUCCCAGGUGGGGGUGGCCACAGGAGCCAUACACCGAGCCCCCUGUGGAGGUGCCCCCCGGGGUGCAGCAGAGGUGCUUGCCCUGCCCCCCCAGCAGAGCCCUCUGUCCGCGACUGGCUCGCCUGCCUCUGCUCCCGGCUCUCCCUGCUGGGGUCCAGCCUUGGCUCUGGCUGGUCUCUGGGCACCUGCCACCUCCAGAGCUCCGGAUGGAGGCCCUGUGCUGGCGGUGGUCAGUGGUAGUCUGGUGGCCAUCCCCCGAGGGUGUGGAGGCUGUGGGCCCAGUAGCCUGACGGGGGGCAGGGAGAGGGUUAGAGCCCCCAAGUCCUUUCCUGGGCACCCAGAGACGUGAAGGGUGUGUGGGCCCCGUCUCUGCCUUGCCCUGGGGUCUCCCUGACCUGCAGGCAGUGUGGGUUGGGUGGGCUCUGUGCGUUCCCCCUGUGGCGAUAGGUGGGAAUUCAAGGGACACCACCCUGGGAGCGAGACUGGCCCAUCUGCGGGGUGAGGGCCCCCACCCCGCCCACCUGCAGCAGGCAGGAGAAGGGGUGAGGGAGAGACAGCAGGGAGGGCUCCUGCUGCCCGGCCCCUUCAGCCAGGUGGAGUCUGGUGAGGCUCCACGGGCUGCCUGUGAUCAGGACUGUCUCCUGGACGCCAAGUGGGGAGAGGGUUCUCUAUGAGGGGCCCCAUGGCCGCUGACCCUAGGAGCUGCUGUGGGCACUCUGUCCUGCCCAGAAGAGCGGUCUACAGCUGGAGCGUGCCUCUCCAGAGUUGGGACCAGGUCCAGGGCCAGAGUCCGGGGGGCUGGGUGUGUCAGUGUCGCCUCCCUCUUUUUGUUUGCAUCCUCCUGGGGCCCACUCCUCCUGCCUCCUGCCCAAGUCCCCGGAUAUGCCUGAGCAUUCACGCUGGAUUCUGCCCUGUCCACUCUGGGAGUCAGUCCUGACCCCAGAUGACAACGCCCAGCUCUGGGGCAGGGAGAUGGGAGGGGAAGGUGGCCAGGGCAGCCUGUGACGGACAGCGGAUGGCCGGUGGGCGAGGCCCAUCAACCCCUGUGACUAUCAGCCCAAAUGGCCAGGACUUGGUCAAUAACUGGGAACUUCCCUAAUUUCUGUCCCUGCCUCCAAUUUAGGACCAACGGGAGAAAGCCACAUAUGCCCUCCAACCAACCGCAUGGAGGCCUGCUUGUUCCCAUUGGGUGGUCUUCAUUUAUUUCCACCGUCAUAAUUUCUCUUUUACGUUUUGUUUUGGUUAUUAAAAAAGAAAUUCUAAAUAUUCCUACAGAAAAUCGAUCAAUCUUUAUUUUACCAUUUCUGAUUUUCUUAACCUCGGUGCAUGUCAAAUUAAUUUUUUUCUACCAGCAUUGUUACAAUUUCAGUUUCAUGAUCUAUCUGGAAUUUAUUUUGAUGUAAGAAGUGAGAUAAUGAUCUAGCUAUGUGUGUGUUUUCUAAAUGGUCCCUAAUGGUUGGCAGUUUUAUUUAGCGGGUGUUCAAAUUGUCUCCACAGAUUUGAAACAUCUGCUUCAUCAUAUGCUGAAUGCCCCUGUCAUUUGUUUCUAUUCUCAUUUUUCUAGAUUCUUCCAUUAUUCUAUUUAUAAAUCAUACCAUGUUCCUACUGGCUAUGAUUUUAUCACAGGUUUUAUCACAAGUUUUCAGGUCUUGUAGAACUAGUUGUCUGUUUCUACUUUUCCUUUGCAGAAUUUUUUAGCUUUUUCAUAUGAAAUUAGAGCAAUUUUUUCUAGUUAAAAUUUUUAAAAUUGGAAUUCCAUGAAACUUAUAGAUGUUGAAAGUUAUAGAUAACGUGUGUUUUUUUUUAGGAUUAUCACUGGAAUAAACAUUUGACGAGCUGCUUUUCCAACAUCGGCCCAGCCCUGACCCUUUCCUGGAGGGACCCUGACCCUUUCUUGGAGGGACCCUGACCCUUUCCUGGAGGGACAUGGCGGGCACACUUGCAUUAGGAGAAAGUGAGGAGUUUGUUUACAAAGAAACUAUUUAUCCAGACAUGGGUGGGGUGUAAGGGAGCCCCCAGGGCCAGGGCAGGUACGGAAGGCCCAGAGCAGCAACGCUGACUGCCCCCAGGUCAAAGGGUAGAGGGGAGGGCACAGAGGAGAACUCUGUAGAUGAGGCCCCUCCAAGAGACCAGAGACCUUAGGGUGGGGGACCUGGCCAGCACAAGGUGACCUGGGUUUCCCCCCUCCCAUCUCCUGCAGGGGCUCCCCAUGGCUGAGCCCAACUGGGCAGGGGGCAAGGGGGCCCUCGACAUCAUCCACAUAGGUUGGUCUUCCUCUGUGGUCAGCAGGGUGGAGGGAGGGAAGAACUGGAGGUUCUUUCUCCUCUUCUGAGGGCAGUUUUCUUGGAUUAAGAAAUGCCCUCAGGGGCACGGAGCGGUGCCAGGAACCUGACAUCUGACUCUAAGCUGGGCCACACCUCUUGGGGACAGGGCUGGGCCUGGGGGAGAUGGACGGCAGCCUUGGCCAACCAAAGUCAGUGGGAGCUUGCUGGAAAGAUAACAGGGCUCCCAGAUUAGCAGGAGAACUGAAUGUGGUGGUAGCUGGGGCAGCUCCCUGGGCUGGUGAGCAGGAACCUGAACAAGAGCCUCAGAAAGGAAGCAUUGUGUCAGGGGCCAUGCUGGGGGCACAGAGCUCCAACCAGCCCCUGAGUCCUGACCCUCUUCCCCUCAAGGCUCACAUCCCAGGGAGGGCCUCCUCCGGGCUGGGACUGGGGAAUGUUCUGCCUGCUGGGUGGCAGCCCCACCCACCUGUGCCCUCAGCCUUCAUGGCCUGCUGCCGUGCGCCUGGGCAGGGAAGAGGCACAGGCAGCCAGGUAGAUCCCACCUCACCCAGUGGCACCCAUGCCAGGCUGACAGUGGUGGGUGCCCUGAGCGUGGCACGGGGGCAGGCCUGCUGCUGCCUGAAGGCCCCUCCCCGGCCCAGCAUCCGUCCCCAUGAGUUGGCCUGUCUGGGGAAGGGCACUUGGAGGAGCUCUGGUUCCCGCCUCCUGGGUAGUUGUCCUUCAGCCAGGCUGGGCGGGGAGCUCACCCUCCCAGAAGCUCGGGGGUCCUGGCUCACGGGAGGCUGCGUCCCUUCCCCUCCUCUCGCCUGGAGCUCCGGGAAUGCCCAGGUGUCCCUGCCUCCCUCUCUGCCUCCCUCUGAGAGGGGAGGAGGUGGCCUCUCCGUGGCCGUGGCCUUCCUUGACCCUUAGCAGGGCCUCUCUUCCUCCGCCCGCAGGUGGGGAGCACCCCGUGGGGAAUCUGUCUGAUUCUGCCUCUGCCCAGGAGGGGUCCCACAAGUGUGUUGACCUUAAAAAUAAAACAGCCAGUUAUUUCACCAGCAAGAUGGGUUUACUCGGGAAUACAGAGGAACUGCGACUCGAGGGACGAGAGGCUGCAGCAAACACCACAGGCAAGGCCAGCAAACAGAGGAGAGGAGCGUCCCUUUACAGAGAGGAAGGAGGGCGUUGGGAGGGGCUAUCUGAAGGAAGUCCACUGGAGGAGAGCGGGAGUUCAGGGUGGUGACGGCUUCUCACUGGCUGAGCUGUGGGGUCCUGGGUUUCCUACAGGAGAAGCAGGUACGUCUCUCCUGUUGGGGCUGGUAAUUGACCAUCUUCCUGUGGUUGACAUGAGUGGUGCUGCUGAGAGCUCCCCCUUCUGGCCUCCCCACUCCAUUGUGAUGAGGUUUCCCUAUAUUAAUUUUCACAAGUGUUUGCUGGGGAAGAAAAGACCAGGGCGUGGUCCCAGUUUCAGAGAGGCCACCUCCCCUGCGUCUUUCACAUCAGGCUGGACCAGCCCUGGCUGACUGUACCACGGGCUUGGCUGCCCUCAGGCACUGCCAGGGUGUCGAGGCUAGGCUGACCUGGGCCCUGCAGGCCUUCCCUGGGUGCCUCCGGUGGCAACUAGCUGCACCUGGGGCAGCCCUGGGCUGAGAGCUGCUUAGGAGGGCCAGGCCAGCCCCUGUUGCAUGCCCACCCAGCCCUGUAGCCCUGGGGUCAGAGGCCGGGCAGGGAGAGUGCCUGAGGCACUCAGGGUGAAGGCCGGCUCCUUCCUUCACCGGCUCUUCCCAAGGGAACUGAGAGGGAAACAAAGUCAGCUGCUGUCCAGCAGUGACGUCUGCCCAGUGCCCACCAAUCGGUGGGGGCUCUGCCUCAUGAGGCCAACUAAGAACACCCCACCCCCUCAGCCUGGGGGUCAUGACAUCCCAGGAGGUGAGCACGUGGGGAGACAGGUCUGGUCACACCUGGACUGCAGCACCUGAUCAGCACAAGUUCUCAGGCCUCUGGUACGUGGUGUCCAUGGUCUCCGACUGCAAGGUCUUCCUGGGCAAGAAGGACCACUUGCUGAUGUCCACCAGUACGGUCAAGGCCGUGGCAGAGGGCAACCUCAGCGUCCACAUGGAGUUCCCUCGGGCUGACGGCUGUAACCAGGUGGAUGCUGAGUACCUGAAAGUGGGCUCUGAGGGGCACUUCCGAGUCCCGGCCUUGGGCUACCUGGAUGUGCGCAUCGUGGACACGGACUACAGCUCCUUCGCCGUGGUCUACAUCUACAAGGAGCUGGAGGGGGCGCUCAGCACCAUGGUGCAGCUCUACAGCCGGACCCAGGAAGCGAGCCCCCAGGCUGUGAAGGCCUUCCGGGACUUCUACCCCACCGUGGGGCUUCCCGAUGACAUGAUGGUUAUGCUGCCCAAGUCAGAUGUGUGCUCCUUGGGGGGCAAGGAGGCACCCUGACACUCCGGAGACCCACCUUGGCCCUUCCCAGGACGGGCGGAAGCAGCGGGCCUCGUCACCCCAUGUCGUCCAGACCCAUGGCCCUCCCGACUCCCACGCCUUGGGCUACACCGCCUCCCACCCCCGUCCUCCCUGGGGUCCGCCUGGGCCUGUCCCUUCUACUCAAUAAAUGCAUUCUGCAGCCCAAAGCUCCUCCUGUUUGGGGAGGCCCUCUGGGAGGGCACAGUGGGCCCUGUCUUGGCCCUGGACUCCUGGGGAGACUGAGGCAGGGAGGUGGGUGUGGAGGGGACUCUGGCCGUUGGGCUCCUCCUGGCUGAAGGGGCAGGAAGCUCCAGCCAAGCUUGGCACCCGUGGGUGCUGCACCCAAGGGCAGCGUCCAGUGCCCACUGGCCCGGCCCCCAUGGGUUCUCAGCACCUGUGGGGAAACCGAGGUGCCGGGUGGAGACUGGCCCUGCUGCUGGGGCUCCGCUGUGUGCUCAGCCCCCAGCCGCAGGGACUGGAACAGAACAGCCUAGGGCUGCGGAGGGGGGCUGCUGGGGUUUUCCCUCCCACCUCUGAUGUGACCUUGACCUUGGGCCAGGCUGCAGGGCCUGGGAUCUGUGCUGACCCUUGUUGAGAUGUGGGGGGUCAGGGGAGCCCUCCCUCGGGGCCUGCCACCAUUCUCAUCUCUGAUCUCUGUCAGGUGGUCCUCCCACUAGGAGCUCUGAGUGUCCAGGUUACGUCCGGCGCACACACUUCAAAGGGCCGGGUGUGGGGGGCAGGAAGGCGUUAGAAGUCCUGCUUCAUUGCUCAUGGGCGCCCUGUAGCCCUUGAGGGGCCGGAUCCGGUAGCAGUCAGCCCUGAGGGGCAUCUAUCCUCAUCCCUGCCCCCCACCCCUACCCCCAUCAACCAGAGACAGCGAGUGUCCACUGCACUUCCUGUCCUCCCUCUCCUGCCUGUCCCUGGGGGACUUUGGUUCAUCAGCCUGGGGCCGGGGUCAGCCCAGUUUUAGAGUCAGCCUGGGGCCGGGUCAGCCUGGGGCUGGGGUCAGCCUGGGGCUGGGGUCAGCCCAGUUCUAGAGUCAGGCUGGGGCCAGGGUCUGCCAGUCCUCAGCCUCCUUGGUCCCCCUGCUGCCCUGCUCUUUGGAAGGUCCCCCUCAGUCUCCGGUGUGCCGGCCAGCUCUCAGCUGCCCUCUCCUAGUUUGACCCCUCACACCUGCCUGACCCUUCCCACUUGCCUGAUUCCAACCCUAUUUUGUCAGAGGGCAGUGCUGUCUCCAGGAUCCAGGAUGUCUAGUACCCCUGGUGAGCAGGACCUCCCCUUUAGCUGACCAUGCCUGGAGCCACGCCAGGGUGGGCUUUUCUGGCCCAAAGGUGCUGAUCUGGGCAGGAGUUGCUUUGCGCACACUUGGAACCCUCUUGGCCACAUGACGCCAGUCCCUCUGCUUCGUCAUCGUUACAGAUGGGGAAACUGAGGCGGGGCAGCUUUCUCUGGGUCACAGGGCUGGAGGGGUCAGAACUGGUGUUCAGGAGGCCCGACUCCGUGUUCACCUCGACACGCUCCUCGUCUGGUCCUGGUCUGGGAUAGAAUGCGUUGGUGGUGGUGGGGGUCCGGGGCAGAAUGAGGAAGAGGUGGGCCCUGGCGUCUCACAGCCUAGGUUCAAACCUGCUGUGGUGGCUGCUCAAGCCCGGCCUCCGUCUCCCAGGCUGGCCCCUCUCACCAGGCCCCUGUGCCUUUCACCUGCUACUCCUUCUGUGGGGAACGUCCUUUCCCACCCAAGCUUCGCCUCCUCCGUGGAGACCUCCCCAGGGAGAGGAAGCCCCCAUUCAUCUCCCCUACCUGGUGGCGGGACCCCCACUCGGCUCUGUGGAGCCUAGCUGGUGCCAUCGCAGACCCUCAGAGUGUUUGCUUGAGGAUAUCCACCCCA